AUGAGCAACCCUGAAUCCUCAAUUUUAUCUCUCAAUAGGGAUGCUAUGAGCUUACUUAACAGUCAAAAUUUUGAAUUAGCAUUUAUCAAGCUCACCAAAGCAAAAGAAAUUUUAUUAAGGAACAAAUUUGAUACAAAUUUCAAUCAUUUAUGGUCUAUUACAUACAAUAACUUUGGCUGUUAUUAUAAAAGAAUUAAAAAACCAAAGGAAGCACUAAAUUAUUUACUUUUGGCUUUAGAAAAAUCUGUACCAGAUUCUAUAGUAAAUAAUGUGGGGACUCAUCUAAAUAUUUCUUCAAUUUAUUCAAUAUUGGGACAUCAUGAAAAAGCGUUAUCACAUGCUUUAAAAUCUUUAAACUUGCUGAACACUGUCAAUGAAAGUAUAAAAAAUAAAGAAGAUCUUUGAGCCACCGUGGCUGUUGCUUAUCAUUGUGCAGGAUUAGAAUAUGGGCAUUUAUCUAGAAAAAAAGAGUCAAUGCAGUUUUAUAAAAAAGGCCAUGAGAUUGCCAAAUUGCAUUUAGGGGUAAAACAUCAGCUGACAAAAAGCUUAAAAAAGUCUUUAUUUUCAGAAUUAGAAGAAAAUUACAAUGAAAAAUUCAAUAAAAAAGAAAGAAAUCCUAAAGUCCUGCAUAGAAGUCCGAAAGCUUCUCCAAGGCCUCCCCAUCUUACUCCUUUAUCUCGUCAUUCAAAUAGGCUUCCAUUAAAUUCCACAUUGCCUAAGCCUAAAAAAUUAUUAUCAAAAACCCCUGAAAAUCAUAUAAAAAAUUCCUCACUCGGAUACGAUACUCUUCACAAUCAAUCCUUAAGAUGCACCCCAGACUAUAUUAGACCAAUAUUUGCAGCGCUAACUCACAAAUUAAGGCACUCUUCACUUCCCCAUACUCAAAACUCUUUAAAUCAAAGCCAAAAAUAUGACUGUCUAAAUUUACUAGAAAAUGAGGAUUUUUCUUAUUCUAAUUUUUCUGAUUUUCCAAUACAAAAGGUCUCUAAAAUAAAUAAAGCGAAUUUCUACUGUGGAAAUAAUAAAGGAGAAAAAAUUAAAGCAAUAAUUACUAUACAAAGAUGAUGAAAAAGGUAUAAAGCUUUGAAAAAAAUUAAAAUGAGGAUUUAUAAUAAGAAGAUAAAAGAAGCACAAAUUAAAGCAAAAAAAGCCUUUAUUGAGCUUGAAAUUUUAAGAAAAGAAAAAGAAAAUUUGGCUGCUAAAUAUGAUAGAUAUGGUAAACAGCAGCUGAAGCCGAUACCAUUUGUCAGUAAAACUUAUGAAGACUUAAGCCAUCUAAAAACAAUCCCUGAGUGCAGUUUCGAAGACCAAAGGGACAGCAUAAAUAUUAUCAAUUCCUAUAUAAAAAUGUGGCUUAAUAGAAUAAAAUUUCAAAGGCUUAAAAAAAGUGCAAUUAUAAUUCAAAAGAAUUAUCGGAUGUACAGGCUGAAAAAGAUUUAUAAAUCUACUUUAGCUGCGGUUAAUUUUAUCCAGUCAUAUUAUAGAGGCCAUAGAACUCGCAAACUUUAUAAAUUUUUGUUAAAUUAA